AUGGUAACUAUGAUAGCAGAUAAAGAAGAAUUAACAACACCUGUCAAUAAUGGUGUUACUGCCGGCUCGAAUGAUAAUGAACGACCAUUUCAAUAUAUUAAAGAUUAUCAAGAAGUUGACUUUCAUCGAUCAUCAUCUUGCAAACCGUUACCUGGCGAUUUAGUUGAACUAGCCGAUAGUCAAAUAGCGAAAUCUUCGAUCAAUGGCACAUUUUUUGUGCAAAUCGAUUCAAUUGAAUUAAUAGCUAAUUUCAAUAAUAAUCAUCAUCAAUCAGAGCAGACAAACGAUUAUAGUUCUUUUCUUUUAACAAUAACAGAUGGUAUCACAACCGUCAAAAGUAUUACAACUGAUUAUAUCCCUAAAUUGAAUUUUAAUAUAAGACCCGGCUGUAAAUUAUUAUUAAAUGGUGAAAUCUUAAUCAAGGAUGGUUUAUUACAAUUGACACACGACAAUACACGUUUUCAAUAUGGCAGUAACACAUAUCCUCGACCACGAUCUGCUUAUCGAGGACGUGGAGGUGGAUCCCAUCGACCUUCAUAUGAAGGACGGCGUGGUGGCGCUGGCAAUAGUACUAGUCGACAUGAUAGCGAUGACAGUGGAUCAAAUUUUCUUAAAGGCCCCCCACCAAAAAAUACAUUAAUGGAUUUUAUGACUUCAUUAAAAAUCUCAAAUGAUACUAAACAAACAGUGGAUAACGAAAGUCUAAAAGUAAAAGAUCGACAUGAAAACAAACGCCGAAAUACUGAACAUCAUUAUCCAACAAACAAACAUAAUGAUAGUAUUAAUACAACGAAUUUAUUAACAAUGAAUAAUUCGAAUCAUCAUCAACAAUUGAACGAUAACAAUUAUACCGAUCAAAUAACAUUUCAACAAGACGGAAAUCAUGAUCCAUUAGAUCCCGAUGAUGAUUCAUCCCAUUCAAAUUAUCGCGAAAGAAGAAAUCCUUUACCCCCUAGACUUCAACGUGCUCAAGAAGAGCGUACCCGUCGAAAUACAAAUCGUUAUUAUGAGGAACUAGCAACAUCAAAUGGUAGUGAAAUAAAUGGCAGCUAUCUUAAUGGCGCAAUAAACAAUAGCUCAUUGUCUUCCUCAUCGUCAUAUUCAAGACGUGAAGAUCCUACGUCGUAUAUGGCUCAUAAUUCAUCUGUUGGUCAUCCACAUACCACUCCAUUGAAUACUUAUGCGUCCCACAUGAAUAUGCUUGCUCCUGGGCUGGGUUCAACAUCAACCCAUCUUACUUAUUUCUCACCUAACACGGGUUCUUUAACAUAUAAUCUCGCCGGUAUUCCAAGUCCGUCAUUUCACAGCCAGCAACCACCAAUGGUUUCUGGCUAUACGAAUGAUCCAUUAGGGUUUUGCUGCAGCUGUCCAUAUAUAAAUCCAGCUUAUAUUCCAUCUACAGUUACUAAUGGUUUAAAUGAAGAUUCAAAAACGUAUAAUAAUUCACUAGAUUUACAAAAGAACUCAUUAGUUGAUGAACAUGAAACAAAAACAGAAAAUGAAUCUCAACAGAAUCCAGAUGAAAAUAAAUAUCAAGUUUCGUCAAUCGAACAAAAAGCAACUUCAUCAGCAUCAUCAAUAACAUCUUCGUCAUCAAAUGAUGUAAAUGAUAAUUCUCAGCAAGUUCUUGUUGAACAACAGGAAGAUAAUAGUCGAGAUUCAAAUUUAAGUGCAAGAGUGCCUUGGAGAAUAGGCGAUACCUGCUUAGCUCGGUGGAGUGAAGAUCAAGAAUUUUAUGUCGCUACUAUUAUUCAAAUUCAACAUCCUUUUUGCAUUGUUUUAUUUCGUGAUUAUAAUAAUUACGAUAAAUUACACUUUAGUGAAUUAAAAAUAUUACCGCGUGAUCAACAAUAUUAUCAAUUUGUUCCACCGAUAGCUGCACCACCACCACCACCUGAUAUGAAUGUUCUUGGAGCUAAUGUUUGUUUUUCUCCUCGUACAAAUUACUAUUCUCCAAUAAUCGAUGAAUGUAUAAUGAUGCCAGAAGCCCCACCAUUUCCAUUCAAUUCGUCUGGCACAUUAUAUAUGUGCCCACCAACGUUCACAUCUAUGUCACAUUCAACUCGUUACAACAACAACAUCAACAAUAAUAAUAAUAAUAAUGACGUGUCAUCUUAUCAACAGACUAAUAGACGAAUUGAAAAUGUAAAUAUUAACGAUAUUAAUUAUACAAAUGUUAAUACAACAAUAAAUUCUUCGUCAACACCAAGUAAAGAUUCAAAUGAUACAAGUAUAAUUGAUUCAACAACAACAUCAAUUGAUGAUAAUCAAAAUUUACAACAACAAGAUAUACUAUUAUCAACAAAAGGAAUUCGAAAGUGUUCCAUUGCUGAUGCACCUAUUAAAUUAGUUACACACGAUGAUGAACGUGAUCGCACUUCAAGUACAGAAAGUGUAACAAGUAGUAAAUAUGAUGAGCAACAAUCGACAAACGAAGAAGAAAAACAAGGAAACAACUCUGUACUUAAUGUUAAUUAA